AGUUUUACUAAACCCAGGACACUGCAUUGGACUUAUCUGGACACUGCAUUCACUAUAUCUGGUCUCCCCGGACCCUGCAUUCACUAUAUCUGGUCUCCCCGGACCCUCCCCGCAUUCGCUAUAUCUGGUCUCCCCGGACCCCGCAUUCGCUAUAUCCGGUCUCCCCGGACCCCGCAUUCGCUAUAUCCGGUCUCCCCGGACCCCGCAUUCGCUAUAUCCGGUCUCCCCGGACCCCGCAUUCGCUGUAUCCGCUCUCCCCGGACCCCGCAUUCGCUGUAUCCGCUCUCCCCGGACCCCGCAUUCGCUGUAUCCGCUCUCCCCGGACCCCGCAUUCGCUGUAUCCGCUCUCCCCGGACCCCGCAUUCGCUGUAUCCGCUCUCCCCCCCGGACCCCGCAUUCGCUGUAUCCGCUCUCCCCGGACCCCGCAUUCGCUGUAUCCGCUCUCCCCGGACCCCGCAUUCGCUGUAUCCGCUCUCCCCGGACCCCGCAUUCGCUGUAUCCGCUCUCCCCGGACCCCGCAUUCGCUGUAUCCGCUCUCCCCGGACCCCGCAUUCGCUGUAUCCGCUCUCCCCGGACCCCGCAUUCGCUGUAUCCGCUCUCCCCGGACCCCGCAUUCGCUGUAUCCGCUCUCCCCGGACCCCGCAUUCGCUGUAUCCGCUCUCCCCGGACCCCGCAUUCGCUGUAUCCGCUCUCCCC